UCCACCUGACAUUUAACUUGCUUCUUGUAACCAGGAACAAUAAGAAUUCUCCCGUAAUAAAAAGGAUUAAAAAAAUGAUUUUUUUAUAAUUUUGGAAUGUUUUAGUUUAGAGUUGAUGUGUUCGUUUAAUAAUUUCUUCAAUGAGUCCCCCUGGAAUUAAUAAGUGAUUAGUGAAAGCCAAUGUAACGUGAUCAAAAGAUUUUCCUCCGGCUGUUGUUUCCAGUUAAUUCUUUUUAUGAGCAUUACAAUUAAAAUUUUUAAUAAUUAAAAUGAUAGUUAAGAAAUGAUAGAAGUGCUACAGAUGUUCCUUUUUCUGUUUAAGUCAAAAUAUCGACGAAAAUAUAAUGUGACGUGGUCUGUAAAUUUGUGUACAUUUCUUUAUUUGGGGUACAUUUUACUGCUGGUUGAAAGCAAAUGCCAAGAUUCUUCAAAUUGUAGUGACAAUGGGGUCUGCAAAAACAACACUUGUGUUUGUUAUGAUGGUUGGAAGGGUUCACACUGCCAAUAUUGCAGUGGAAAAGUCAGACUAGGUGCUGCAUCUGGAAUAAUUCACGAUGGUUAUGGUAAUUACUCUCUGGGAACAAAAUGCAGUUGGCUGAUUGAUGCAUCUAAUUAUUCAAUUACUUUGCACAUCGAAGAAUUUGCUACAGAAUGUGGCUGGGAUCAUUUAUAUGUUUUUGAUGGUGACAGCGUCGAAUCUCCACUUUUGGCUGUCUUUAGUGGUCUCAUGUACAAAGACAGCUAUCGAAUUCGUAAAAUUCCCGAAGUUGUUGUUCAAUCAGGAUCAGCUCUACUUCAUUUUUUCAGCGACGACGCAUAUAACAUGUCAGGUUUUAAUAUCAGCUAUCGAUUGAAUGCUUGUCCCUCAACAUUAUCGGAUGUAGAUUGUUCAGGCCAUGGGGUUUGCAUUGAGGGAGUUUGCACCUGCGAUGGACGAUGGACAGGAGCGGCAUGUCACAUAGAGAAAUGUCCUAAUAAUUGUUGGGUAAAUGCCAGCAGGGGUACCUGUGAGUAUGGAAAAGGGUGUAUAUGUAGAAAAGGUUGGAAAGGGGAAGAUUGUGGCCAGGCUACUGAAGACGGUUAUUGGGAAAAUGUGGCGACAAGAGGGUUCACUCCUCCAGGAUCUGCUUCUCAUGGUGUAGCCGUUUGGAGAGAUUCUAUGUACAUUGUGGCCGGAGAAAGUUAUAACAGAGGUCAGAUGCUGUAUGUUUACGAUUUCAACGGUUAUGUAUGGGAGACACCUCACAUAAGUGAUGGUGGACUAACCCCGUUAUAUCGCUAUGCCCACUCCACCGUUUUGUACGGUGAUAAAAUAUUUAUAUAUGGAGGUGUUUUAGGAAAUCGCGGUCCUACGUCAGAACUAUGGGCAUUUGAUGUGAACGCAAAAACUUGGGAAAAUAUAACUGUACGUGCCGAAAUCUGCAACGGUAGUAAUUUACUUUGUGGUCCUUUAAAAUCAGCAGGACAUACCGCAACUCUAGUUACCAAGGUGAAUAAUAAAAAAGAUGAUCGAAUGAUUGUAAUUUUCGGUCAUUCGCCCCUCCUCGGUUAUCUCAAUACCGUCCAAGAAUAUUAUUUUGGUACACGUGAAUGGUUUGUCGUUACGACCCGAGGAUAUCCCGUGAAAGGGGGCUACGGACAUAGCGCCAGUUGGGAUCCUCUUACCAACAAAGUGUACGUCUACGGAGGUAUUAUUUCAGAAAGCGCCUCCACCCAAACUCUUAGUACUAACUUGUAUUCUUAUGAACCUGACAGCCGCAUGUGGACUUGUCUUAGUGACGGUCCUUCGGCCCGAUAUCUUCAUUCCGGCACUUUCGUAUCUCCCGGACUCCUGUUGGUUUUUGGAGGAAACACGCAUAACGACACAUCUCACAGUUUCGGUGCGAAAUGUUAUGGAUAUGAUUUAUUAACGUAUGACGUGGUUUGUGACACAUGGCACGUUUUGAACGUGACCCGGGGUCUUCCUGCCGAUUUGGCUCGUUAUGGGCACUCUGCAGUCACAUUCGAAGGUUCUUUGUAUAUCUACGGUGGAUUUGACGGUCAGAUGUUGUCUGACAUUUUGAAGUACACUCCUGGAAGUUGCGAACACCUUAUCAAUAAAAACUCAUGCUUAGGUACUAGACCGGGCGUAAAGUGUGUUUGGGAUAGAAAAGGAUCUAAAUGUAUGCGAAUCCAAGAUGUGCCUAACGUCGUGAAAACGCUGCCCAUCGAUGAGGAGGAAUUGAUUAUGCGAUGUCCCGAAGAAAUGAGGUCUUCUAGAGUGCACACCGAAAUCUUAAGACAGGAAAAAUGUUCUCGAGCAGUUGAUUGCGCCAGCUGUGUACAAACUACGCGCAAUUGCGUGUGGUGUAGCAGUGGUGUAUGCUCUUACAACAAAUGUCGUGAUAAUAGCUCAGAACGCGGCAUCACACAUCUGGAUCAGUGUCCUACCGAUUUGUCACCCACUUGCCGACAAUUACAUACAUGCACGGCGUGUAUAUCCCAAACCAGCUGUUCCUGGAAAUACGAAUUAAAUACUAAAUGUAUACCUUACCCCACAAAUAUCUCGAUAGAACCUGCACUAGCCAACAACGCGGCCUCUGUGGAAACGGCGAUUCAGUGUCAAAGAGUCUGUUCAGAAUAUACGUCCUGCAGAAAUUGUACUCAGGAAGAGUGCAUUUGGUGUCAGAAUGAGGGUCGUUGCGUUGACAAGAAUGCCUAUACUGUCAGCUUUCCGUAUGGACAGUGUCGUGAAUGGACAACGACAACCGAUAAAUGUCGGAGUGCUCGUGGGGCAGAAGAGAAGUCCCAGUGCAGCUUUUACAUGACUUGUGCCCAAUGUCGCGAUGAUCCUGCAUGCGGAUGGUGUGAUGACGGAUCUAAAACAGGUCUUGGACGCUGUUUGCCCGGCGGAUAUACUGGUCCUACGCUGCACACUCAGUCGCUGCCUUCCAGUACGUGUCCCCACGAACGCUGGCAUUUUACUAAUUGUCCAGUUUGUCAGUGCAAUGGGCAUUCAAAGUGUCAGGGCAAUACGUCGGCCUGCGUGCAAUGCGAUAAUUUGACAACGGGUUCGCAUUGCGAAAAGUGCAUGGCCGGAUACUGGGGAAAUCCCGUGAACGGGGGACGGUGUCAGCCGUGUGAAUGUAACGGUCAAGCGAGUCAAUGUCAGCACGAUACCGGUAAGUGUUACUGCACAACCAAGGGCCUUACCGGGGACCAUUGUGAAAAAUGUGACGUAGCCAAUCAUUACCACCCAGAUCCGUUGAAUAAAGGAGCUUGCUACUAUGAUUUAACAAUUGAUUAUCAGUUUACAUUUAAUUUAUCAAAAAAGGAAGACCGUCACUACACACAGAUUAAUUUCCGAAAUUCGCCAACAAAGCCCGAUAUCGAUGCUGACUUUCAUAUAACCUGUAGCGUUUUGGCUAAAAUGAAUAUAACUAUAAGACGUGCCAAUUCGAAGGAAGAGAAACCGAUUCACACCAAUCAAAAUUGCACCACAUUUAAGUACAAAUUCUUAAGAUCCGAUUACAUUUUUGGAACGGAAGACAACGUGACAUUGACGACCUUCUAUGUAUACGUGUAUGACUUUCAACCACCUCUUUGGAUUCAGAUUUCCUUCUCUCAAUACCCCAAAUUGAAUCUUCAACAGUUCUUCAUAACUUUUUCUACUUGUUUCUUGCUGCUACUUCUCGCCGCCGCUAUUUUAUGGAAGAUAAAGCAGCGAUACGAUAUGUAUCGACGUCGUCAACGUCUUUUUGUUGAAAUGGAGCAAAUGGCAUCGCGUCCCUUUUCGCAAGUCUUGGUUGAGCUUGAAGUUAAAGAUGUGAAUGAUCGAACGGACGAUUCGGCAAUUUACGUGUUGUCUUCGGCCGAUCCGUUGAAGAAACAUGGAAAAAAAAGGGACGCUCCAAGUCCUAUUGCUCUCGAACCGUGUUUUGGGAAUCGUGCAGCAGUUCUCAGCUUAUUGGUCCGUUUGCCUACUGGUGGAGAACGACAUACCGUUAAAGGUCAGUCGUCUGGAUUGGCAAUUGCAAGUGCACUUGUCACUUUGGGAAAUCCCCGAAAAUUAAGUAUAGAUCCAGUUAAAACGGAUACUGGAACCAAGACUACGAAAACGCAUUAUCUCGAGUUACUGUACGUAAACUAUCUACCUAUAUAUACGUUAUAGUAUAGAAGUAUGAUAAGGUCAUGUUUGGACUACUGCAUGAUUAUGUUCACUUUGAUUUUCAAACGACACUUUAUUGGGGUAUUCUUCUCAAAAUUACAUUGAGUUUUAAAAUAAUUGUCUAUAUGUUUUUUUAUAUUUUUUACUGAUUUUUUAUUUGUCUGAAUUAUUGUCAUUCUUUAGUGUUACAUUUGCAAGAAAACGUAAUUUAUCGUAAUUGAAUAAGAAUCUCAUAAAUAUUCAUAUAUAAGGUGUUGUACUCAUUUUUACAAAUAGAGAAUCUCGUUUGGGUGCUUUUAGACAAUGGGAGGGGGGAGGGUUGGGUUAAUAAUGAUUUGGGUAAAAAAUAUAUAUAAUUCGAAUUAACCUUCAUUCUUAAUACAUUGACAAGACGAUAAAUUACUGUUUAGAUUAAAAUGCCAUAUUGUUAUUAUAAGGAUUGAAAAAAUCUCUAUAUUUGACUUCUUUUUGUAUUGUAGGUGCAAUUUACGUAUGGGCAAGUAUGACUGAUUUAUGCUAUGUAUUUAUGUGUAAAUUUAUCUUUUUCACCGAAGAUCUGAAUCAUUGUCUGUUAUAUACAGGGUGAUAUAUUAAGAACGUAAAAUAAGAAAAACAAGAAAUAUGAAACUGAAUAUGUAUUUACGAGUCAAAUAUGCUUUGUACAAAUAGCUAAUUUAAGAAAUUUGGAGUAUUAUAAUUUGAUUGUUUUAAAACUAUCUAAUAGUUUUCAUAUUUUUUGUAGUAUUGUACGUUCUUAUUUUUAACUUUGAAUACUCUACAUUUUUUAAAUCGGCAACUCUUGUAUAACACGCGUCUAUUUCAUCUUAAAUAAUGUAUUUGGUGUCUUAUUCCUUUGUACCUUUUAUUAUCACAAAAUUGAAUCACUCUGUGUAUGUCUAUAAUUUACAUACAUACACGUUAGUUGAUUAUUAUAGAUUACUGCUAUGUGCUAACUUUAUUGACUGUUAUUUAUUUUACGUUUAGAAUGUAGGGUGCUGACACUAAUUAAGGAAAUUAAAUAAAAAAGGAAACAUAAUUGCAGGUUCGAAUGUAUAUUUACUUGUAAAAUGGGAUAUUAAGUUCGUAUUUUGUGAUAUAUAUAUAUAUACUUCAUUCUUUUCAUUUAAUGUUUUAGUGUUACUUUUAUUAUUACUGCCUUUGUGUUACUUUUUUAUUAUUAGGUGAACUUUUAAGGGAAUCUUUGAUAACGAAUACUGCAGACUAAUAUAAUCAAUACAAAUAUUUAUAAACAAAAUUACAUACCCCACAUUUAAAUUUUUUGUAUACAUACGUGUGUAGGUUUGUAGCUUGUUCAAGUUCCAUAUCGUCAAUUUUAAUUUUGAUUUGUAUUUGUUGUCGCAACUGAUUUUUGAACUGAAUAAAAUAACUAGUCUUUUUGCA